AUGUAUAAAAGGGUUGCAGAUUCUAAGGGAAGAUUUCUCGUUAGACCUGUGGCUAUAGCUGCUGCUGGUUCAACACCCUUACUGAACAAUUCUGAUACCAGAGCAUAUGUGACAGCGCGGGUCCCUCUUCCAUUACAAGAUUCUCAAGUGCUGCAUGAUUUGUUUUCACGGCAUUUAUCUUAUUUCGACCAAGCUGGAAUACUUGGGCUGUCUUCUUAUAGAGUCGGUCCGGUUCCUUCAUCCGGCAUAUCUAAGGAAACUUCUGGGGCUGUUGGGUCAAAGUCAAGUGAUUAUUUUGGCAGACAUACUAUUGCAAAUGCUGCUGCUAAAGUUGGACCUGCUGUUGUUAAUAUUACGGUUUCCCAAGAUUUGUAUGGUAUUACCACAGGAAGGAGUAUAGGAUCGGUAGGAUCGGGAACCAUCAUCAACAAGGACGGUACAAUCUUGACAUGUGCUAAUUUUCAAGGAAAGGUUGAAGUCACUUUGCAAGAUGGAAGGACAUUUGAGGGUAAAGUGAUAAAUGCUGACAUGCAUUCAGAUAUUGCUAUUCUGAAGAUCAAUUCUGAAACCCCACUACCAGAAGCAAAACUUGGUUCUUCAAGUACGCUUCGUCCUGGGGAUUUGGUGAUAGCCAUGGGCUGUCCGCAUUCCCUUCAGAAUACUGUCAGUGCGGGCAUUGUAAGUUGUGUUGACCGGAAAAGUAGUGAUUUGGGUUUUAGUGACACGCCAAGAGAGUAUUUACAAACAGACUGUGCAGUCAAUGUGGGAUAUUCUGGAGGACCUCUUGUCAACAUGGACGGAGAAGUUAUUGGCGUGAACAUUGUGAAAGUGAUGAGUUUUUUGGUGGCUGAUGAGAGGAUGAGUUUUUCUGUACCAAUCGACUCUGUGUCUAAAAUUGUAGAGCAUUUCAAGAAAAGUGGGAGAGUAGUGCGGCCUUGGCUUGGGCUAGAGCUGUUUGAUCUUAACGAGAUGAUUAUUGCGCAGCUUAAAAAGAAAGAUGCUUCAUUCCCUAACGUGGAUAAGGGCAUUCUUGUACCAAUGGUAAUGCCCGGGUCCCCUGGUGAUCGUGCUGGGUUCCGUCCAGGCGAUGUUGUCGUUGAAUUUGAUGGGAAACCUGUUGAAAGCAUGAAUGAGGUAAUUGAAAUAAUGGGGGACAAAGUUGGGGUGCCCAUAAAGGUACUAGUUAAAAGGGCAAGUGAUACAUUGGUGACUUUAACUGUGAUCCCGGAGGAUUCCGAUCUUGAUGUGUAAAAGGUAUACACACAAAAAGACACACAUAAAAGGGGGUGUCAUUUCUUCCCUUUUUCUUAUUUUUGUCAUAAAAGGAGUUGCUUGAGCUAAUGGAAGCAAAGGAGGCAGGAAUGGCAUUUAUAAUGAGUCACUCGUAUGUUAGAGCAAAAAGAGGAUCAAGCUGGAUAAAGAAAGUUGUAAUCAAUUAUGGGUAUGAUUUCUUAAGGAGAAACUCUAGAGGACCAACUUAUGCUUUGAGUAUACCUCAUGUAUCUACCUUAGAGGUGGGCAUGAUCUAUCAUGUCUGAGUUUUGGCUAGUAGUUUUCUAGUUUAGUUUUGUAACUAGUGAUCUUCUGUGUUAGAUCAACCUUAUACAUGUGAUAAAUGGUGGCAUUUUGUACAGUGACCCUCCAAGUUUUCUGACAAGUAAAGUGCUGCCAAUCUAUGGU